CUCAGAAGGCUGCUGGCACCAUGGGCAGAGUGAAGAACCGAUCCGCUGCUCAGCGGCAGAGAAGAAAGCAGCCUGGGGAUCCUGCCGCCGCCUUCGCAGCCAUAGCGGUCAUGGGCGCCAGCCGUUCGCGGUGCCCCCCUGUACAAGUCGGGGUCGGGAGCCACGAGGCUGGGAGGGAGCUGGCGGCGGCCAAGAGGUGGCGGGGAAGGUCGCGGCGGAGGCGCUGGUGGCGGCGGGUCCGACAGGCGGGCCCCAGAGAUGCGCUGCCCCCAGGGCCAUCCUCGAACCGGGCCCCCGCCGUGUCCCCUCAGGAGCUGGACCUGGGCGCACAGCGCGAGCGCUGGGAGAAGUUCAGGAGGCUACGGGGCCUCAGCUGCGAGGGCGCCGCCAAGGUCCUGCUGGACACCUUCGAGUAUCCAGGCCUGGUGUAUCACACUGGGGGCUGUCACUGCGGCGCGGUCCGCUUUGCGGCCUGGGCCCCAGCAGAUCUGCGCGUGGUGGAUUGCAGCUGCAGGCUGUGUAAGAAGAAGCAGCACCGCCACUUCCUGGUCCCGGCCUCGCGCUUCACGCUGCUCCAGGGCGCAGAGAGCUUGGUCACCUAUCGAUCCAACACCCACCCGGCGCUGCACAGCUUCUGCAGCAGGUGCGGGGUGCAGAGUUUCCACGCAGCUGUCUCUGACCCCCGGGUGUACGGCGUCGCUCCGCACUGCCUGGAUGCUGGCACCGUGCGCAGCAUGGUUGUUGAGGAGGUCGACUGUGGCGAUCCGGAGGAGGAGGCCACCAAGGAACACAAGACCUCGCUGAACGCGUCCACAGAGGCAGCCCUUGCCUGUCCUGCUGAAAAGGAGCAGUGACUGGGGCCACAAAAACGCUGGAAACAUGCCCUGACUCUUCUUGAGGGAACCUCCACGGUCCCUGUAAAAAAAAAAAAAAAAAAAGUAAUGUGCAAAAGAGGUCUGUUUUUGGACUGUAAAUCUGUGGUGUCGGUCCGAGCUUCCUUCCCAGUAUUUUCCCUUCCCUUCCACUGAUUUUCAGCAGACUCGCUUCUGAUCCAAAACUUGAACAUGUGUUUGUCUGUGUAUAGAGAUAGUCUUGCAAUACACUAAGCAAGCACUGUCUCUACUUUUUCGAGUAAUCCCUUGCGUCACUCACUUUUACUAUUCUCCAUACAGCUCUCACAGCUCGCUUGCCGAUUAUGCCUAUGUAUUGUACAUUUUUGGUGCUAUUGUGUACAGGAUUGCUUUUAACUCUUGCACCUGGUAUUUGGGACAGCUACAUACAAACAGUUUUGUCAACAUUUAUUAGCAUGUUUCCCAUUGACUGCUCUGUGCGAGUAUGUAUGCAGACACACGCACCUGUUUGCGUUAAGUGGACACUCACAUGUUCACUACUUAGAGGUCGAGAUAUUUGUAGUUGUGUUGUUUACUUACAAUGUUCUUAAAUGACAUGUUUAAAGAUUCAUUAGUAUUGCCUACUUCAUUGCUUUUAUUAACCAAGGGAUGUUUAAUAUUUUGUUCAGUUUUGUUUUAGAAACUGUCUUUGGGAAGAAGGGUGGGA